UGUGUGCCUCCUGCCUGAAGCCUGUGUACCCCAUGGAGCGUGUGGUCACUGACAAGGUCUGUGUGCACCGCUCGUGUUUCUGCUGUCGGGUCUGCGGGAGGAAGCUGAGCUUGCAAAACUAUGCUGCCCUCCACGGGGUGUUCUACUGCCAAGUCCACUACAAGCUGAUGGCUGGGGCUGGAAGCAGAAGUGAGAUGGAAAGGAUGGAGCACCACCAGGUUCAGCAUGGUCCACAGCCACAGGACUGGUGUAACAGGGCCAAAAAGACUGAAAAAAGAGAGAAACCCACAUCCUUCAAUGCACAGUGUGAUCUGCAGCUGGCUGAGCACAGGAACAGCAGGGCUGUCCUCGUAGGGAACAAGCUCAGAGCAGUCUGGCCACCUUCAGAACCAGCCUUGGCUGUAGAUGGGAAAGCUGGAAAUGGAGUGGGUUGCUGGAAAAAUCCUGCACUGAGCCUGCAAGCCUACCAGGCUGCAGGCACCAUAGUGCUCAGAGGCCAGGAGGGAGCAGUGGAGAAAGGAAGAUUCCUACCUGGAAUCACCUACACCAAGGAAAGAGAGCAGGCAUGUUCCUGGCCCAAGAACAGAGAGCAGAGAGGCCCUGAAGAGGCUGGGGAUGGGGAUGUGCCUGAAGGGAAGAGGGGUGGGAAGGUGUCCCAGAGAGUGGCUGCAUUCCAGCAGGGCCAAGCCCAGCAGAACACAGGACCUGCCUGUGCCCCCCUCCCUCCCGUCCUGGAGCCUGUGACACCUCUGCCUCGUGCCUCUCUUGCUCCCCACCCCACACACCAAAGCACCAAACCCACGCCCAGGGUGUACCUGGGGGGCACAGGGGGCUGCACUCUCGCUGCCACAGAGGUGCCAGUGACACAAAACAAGGUCUGUGCGUCACUGAGCAUACCCAGCAAAGGAGGCACAAUCACAGAUGACAAGCCUGAGCUGAUCACAGCCACCCCAGAUACUGCAGGGGCCAAGCAUCACCUUGGAGAGGGAAUGAACAGCACACAGGCCAUUCAUGUGCCAGGAGAGCCCAAAACCAGAAACACCACAAAUACAGAGCUAAAAUAUACAGCUGAGGAUAUUGAUCCCCCUGAAGAUGAAGCUGAACAAGCCCACUCCCCCCAUAGAGUGUUGAGGACCUCUUCUGUAUCUUCUGGCUCCCUGGAGCCAGGAGGGCUGGGUGUGUCACCUGAGAUCACUGAGAUGUUGAAAGAGAAAUCAAAGGCAAACACCAGAGAAUUCCCUGGCAAACAGAUGCCAUUAACUUUGGGGCAAGCUAUGCAGCCAUCCAGCAGAAGUGAUUUGCCUGGAAUUGAGAGGAAAAGGGCAGAAUUUGAGAAGACAAAAGAAGAUAAACCAGUAACUAUGGGAGCCUCUCUGGAAGACCCCAGUCCUGAGGAUGCAUCUCAGGAAAAUGAAGCUGAAAAGAGCAGAGUCUCUUCAGCUGGCUGUCCAGACAGGACAGAUGAUCACAAUGUGUCCUCUUUACAAGAAACAGAACCUCAGGACACAUGUGGCCCACUGAAAAGUGACACGCCUGAGGGUAUUUGGAGACAGGAUACUAAAUCAUCUGGCAAGGAUUUUCUAGUAUCAAUUGACACACCUCUGAAAGGAACUUGUGCCCCUUGCCCCUCACAUGAUGAAGUAGACAAGCGCAAGUCAAAGGAAUCCAGGGAAGUUCUUAGUGAAAACACCUUGCACGUUUCUGAGCAACCAGCCAAGACAUCAGAAUAUUCCAAACCAAAUACAUCCUUGGAUAAAUGCAGAGGCCAUCCAGUAGGUGAAGAAAAAGAUAUGAAACUUCCAGGGGAAAGCACUGGGCCUGUGUCACAGACCGGGGCCCAGAGCAAGGAGGCCAAAAGCAGCCGAGCCUGUAGAGAGACACCAGGUAAAGGUUUCAGGCUGGGGAAAAACCCCUUCAUUACCCUUUUUGGCUCUGAAGACAAAGGCAGAACUCCCAGGAAAGAAGCAACAACCCAGAGGAAACCCACAAAACCCCAGUCAGCCCUUGCCACUUUGUUUGGUCACUCGUCAGAGAAGAAGCAGAGUGCACCAGAAAAACCUGCAGGAUCCUCAGAGCAAGCAAAUAUUGAUGGCAGGACAGAAAAGGCCCAGGGCCUCCUCAGCUCCUGCAGCCAAGAAAAGCAAAAUUCCUCCAAGAAUGAUCAGCUGCCACAGCCUGGAAAGGUGGAGGUGUUUCCUAAACACAUCCAGGAGAGCUCUGGAGGAUUCUCAGGCCCUGCUGAGAGCAAGGAGACUGAUGUCUUGUUGUCAACUCCCAGCACAGCCAUGUCACAUGAUGGUAAAUGUGAGAGAACUGAACUUGACAUUCAUGACCAAGAGUCUUUAAAUAGUCAGGUUUGGCAGCCACACGACAGCUGUUGGCCCCCUCUCAUGCCAGGACAGAAAAGUCAGAAGGAAUCUGCAGGAAGCUCAAAUCAUGGAACAAGCCCUCUGCAGCUUUCUCCAGAGAUUAGGCCUGCAGCUGACAACAGCAAAAAUCUCACCAGGGAAAGGAAUCACCAUGAUGCUCAUCUGCCAGGAACCCAGAACCUGCUGAGCUUGGAUGUCCAGGAUACAGGGGCACAGGAUGGGAUGUUUUUUCCACCAGGCAAUUCAGAAGAGUUAGGCAAGGAAGCUGAGCUUCAGUUUGGCAACAUGGAUUUUCUGGGGGGCAGUAACUUGUUCUUCUCUGGACGACAAGAUUUCCCCAGUGAAGCAAAUGAAACUCCAAAUUCAGAUUUGCAAAACUCAGAGGCAGAAACUCCACGUCUCUUUGAUCCAAAUCCUUUUGAUUUUUUCCAAGAAAUCUCAUCAGAAACAAACACCUCACUAGAACUCUGGGACACCUCCAGCCUCUCGCUUCUUGAUGGGCAGGAUGAGAUUAAUAUGAGAGACCUGGAAGGAAUUAAGGGCUGUGAACUCCUGCUGCAGGUGGACCCACAACGCCAGGCUCCAAAGGCAGCAGAAGAAAUGUUUGGAAUGGGUCUCAGUGCUGAAGGCUCCACAAAAAACCAGCUCCCUACACAGGAUGACAAUUGUCCCUUAGCACACACGUUCAGCAGCUGUGCUUCUGAAACCUCUCAUCAGGGUGUCCUUGAUCAUUUUCAUGUUGAUUCCACCAAAACGGGCCAGGAGGCUUCUGAAAAAAGGAACAGGAGCAGAAAAACAUCAGGAGACAAAGAAGAUUAUGACAGUCUGUCUUCUGAAGACUUGGAGAUGUUAAAUUAUGACCUUUCAGAGAAGGAGUUCUUUAUAUAGGUGAAAAAAAACCAAAAAAGCAACCAAACACAGGGAGGGCCGUGUGGGAUUUUAAAGCUUUUAAAAUCAGCACAAGUUUGCUGAUAUGAGACCAAAAGUGAUUUUUGAAACCCACUGUACAAUGAUAAGCAAAGAAAAGUGAAAUGAGCUUGCCCAGGUCAGAAGGGCAGAGGAGGGAAAUGAACUCUGCUGUCUUGAAGUCUUUCAAGGUGUGGGGACAUUGCUAAAUCUGCUCUCCCUGUGCCACUGCACUCUGCUCCUCCCUGAGUGCCCUUUGCAGAAAUAUUACAUAACAUAAAUGCUAUAGGAGUUAACAAUUAUACUCAUGAUAAACAAGCUCAAGAGAAACACCAGAGGGUCAAAGCAUGAACACGUGAACUAUGAAAAGGGUCACAGAGCAUAUCAAUUCACAUGUUUUAAUCAGCUGUCUGUAAAAAAAAAAAAAAAUUUAAAAAAUUUAAAAAGGUAAAGGUGUUAAAAUGAUUAAUUUUUAAAAUAGAACAAAAUGAAAUGAAAUGGAGUGAAAUGAAAUGAAUAAAAUAAAGUAAA